AUGGGCAACCCCGAAAACCCUGCGCCCGCAUCCAAGGCCAGCACAGCCAUUAUCAAAAUAAAGACCAGCAUCCAGCAAGUAGAGACAAAGAUUGGGAAGCUCAUCAACAUCUGUGACACGCUGAAAAACUUCCCGCUGGUGCUGACACCCCUGCGCAUCCUGCCGGUCGCGGGGACCAUCACCGGGCGCGCAGUGUCGGCGUUGGAGCGGCUGGAUAUCGAGGGGAAGAUCGAGAGGAUUGCCGAGGAUAUCAAGACUACUACUACAUAUAUUUGA